AUGAUAGUGAUAGUAACAAUGAUGAUGAUGAUGAGCCGCGAGGAGAGGCGGCGGCGGCGGCGGGCCACGGCCAAGUACCGCUCGGCCCACGCCACGCGCGAGCGCAUCCGCGUGGAGGCCUUCAACCUGGCCUUCGCCGAGCUGCGCAAGCUGCUGCCCACGCUGCCCCCCGACAAGAAGCUGUCCAAGAUCGAGAUCCUGCGCCUCGCCAUCUGCUACAUCUCCUAUCUCAACCACGUGCUGGACGUGUAG